AAUUAGACAACUUGUUAUCUACAAAGACCCCUAGAUCCUUCUCAUUUAAGGAAACUCCCCAUGACUAUAAAGUUAUAGUUCUGGGGGUUCUGGGCCAUGGAGGAGUAGGGGACAAUUUUACCAUGGUUGAUAUUUGCACUAUAUUGAGUAAUACAAUCCCCUAAAAAGAAGGGAGUGCUCUCACUACUUACACAGAAUUAAUUACUGGUCUAGAUGUAUAAGUAAAUAUGCUUACUACUAACAGGAGCUUAUUAAGUUAGAAACCGUGUUGGUAAUAAAGGGAAUCAGCUGUUGUUAGAUUUAGUUGGUGAUGUCAUUAGAGGAUUGAAAAUUAGCCAGUCACUAGCAAUACCCACCCCUCUCCCCCUCUCUGAUGACAUCACAGAUGAUGAUAAAGCCUAGAGGAAGCAGACUAUGCUUGAUAAAGCCUGGUGAGAACAGGCUGUGGGUUAUAAAGCCUGGAGGAUACAGGCUACUCUGGAUAAAGUGCAUGCGAAGGUUGUUGAGAUACUUCUUCAAGUCAAUCUAGUGCAAUCCCACUUCCCAAUCAUCUAUACCCUAUGUAUAAAAUGCUGAAACAAAACCUUUCUAUUAUCCCCAUGAAUAAACAAAUUCAAAGAGAGGAUGGAUUUUGGUGACACUGAGAGAAGUUAUGGGACUGGCUUCCAUGGUGACAGUACUGUGCAGUGUUAGCAUGCAGAAUCGGCAGGCCUUUUCAGGUUUAUUGGUACAAUAGCUCGUUACAGACAAAGCAAAGGGGGUUGAGAGAAAUGCAAAGAGAAAAACAGCUUGUAUUUAAAAAAGCCAGCUGAUGCGACAAGACAGAUACACAGAUGGAGAAGUAAAACGAAACCUUAAAGAAACUCUAUCACACAGGUACCCAAUAUGAACUGAGAAGAGAAAAGACCAGAAAGAGGAACCAAGUGCAGACAUUAGAGGUGAACAAAGGAGAAGGUGUAAAAGGGUAAAGACUACAAAGACUUGAACAAUUGCCAAGUCGACAGAGGGCUUGAUCUUGAUUGUCCAUUCCAAGGAUAUACCUUACAAGACUGAUCAGGUGAGAAAUGGAGAUUGGACAAGAUUCAGUUAGUCCACAUUGGACCUUCCCAAAACCAAAGUCAAAUCGUCAAAGAAGCAAAAGUGGAGCAAUGAGACGUCUUCCAGAGACCCCCAUGAAACCCACUGGAAGUCAACAAGCUCAGAGGCCUUGGGCCCAAAGUAAGAAUGAAACUCAAGAUAAAGGCAAACCCAGAAGUCGCACAGGGUUGGGUGCUAAAGAGCCACGAACCAUGGACUCAGCACUAGGUCUACAGCCAAGAAGAAUGAUUUCUGCUGAAGAGGUAUCAAUGGUCAUUAAAUCUGUCCUUGAGAAACAACUCCAAGAUGCGGAGUAUGAUGCCUCAGGGAGCCACCAACGAGCUCUGGAGCUGGCACAGCUUGUUAAGGAGGCAGUGAAGGCGCUGGGAUAUGAACGAUACAAGCUUGUUUGUUAUAUUGUCCUGGGCCCAGUAUCUCAAGGAGAUCUUUGCUGUUGUAGCAGGAGUGUCUGGAAUCCCACAUCAGACACGUAUGCAGAGUAUGUGUUCAGGAAUCAGUCUAUAUUUGCACUCUGUGUUGUGUAUGCUGGGUACUGUGAGUGACACCUGCAGGCCAAAAUGUUUCUGUAUAUCAUUUGCUGCAUCUACCUUUUUUCUUUUUACAUAUUAGGUAGAUGUGCAAGCUAUCAUGCAAGCAUAUCAUAAUAUUGCAGCAUUAUCAGCUGAGUCUCCAAGUCCUUUGAUUUUAUUAAUGUCUUAUCUACACCUUGUACUUUCCAGCAUCGGUCAGCUGAUCUAUUCUCUUCCCCCCGUCCCAUCCAGCUAAAAACUAAUGGCACUAAUUUGCCCAGGGGCAGUAACCCAUAGCAACUAAUCAGCAGAAAACAUUUACUGGUUACCUGUUUAAAAGAAAACAUCUUGUGGGUUGUUAUGGGUUACUGCUCCUGGGCAAAGUCCCCAAAACAGUAUAAAAUACAGUAUCUUGUGGAUCUGAAAAGAACACUUCCAGCUUUCCUCAAUAGUGGCACCUUGUGGUGAGAAUGCAAAUUGCCUAACUAAAUGUCUAAAGAAUGUUUGCUUUGUCAAUUUGGUUUAACAUGUAUGACGUCAUGUUUGGCGCCAUUUUUUGAAAUGGGAAGGGCUUAGUGUAUAAGUAUGCACUGAAACACUUCUAUCCUUGAUAAAGGCUCGAAUAUGGGCCGAAACAUUGGAUGCAUAUAUAUUAUUUUUAACCCUGUAAUUGUUGUGAGUAACUGCCAGUAUUCCAACUGAAAUGAUGCAUUGUUACAAAUAUCAAUUAAAAAAGGAAAGUUAAGGAUUACUGCUGGGUUAGUCUGUUAUAAAAGAAUGAAAACAGUGAUGCCUUUGUCUGUGCUACCUGCUGAUUAGGAUUUGUUCUCCAAUCAUGACUAUAUUCAGCUGGUCACGUGUCGCAUUCAUUUCAUGGGUGACAUUCCUCCCUCCUGCUCUCAGAACUGAGCUGAAGGUCUGCCCUAAACAGCGCAACGGGACAAAAACUAAUUGUACUUUUGCACAGGGGAUACAACAGAAUCCUUAUGACAAAUGUCUGGUACUGUGUUGGAUCCUAUUGAUGUCAUGUAAUUCUUGUAUAGCUCUUCAACUGGUUUUGCUUAGCAUGAAUCUCCAACCCUCUGGGGAGACAUUUUCCAACCCAUGAGGAGAUCCUGGCGUGUGGUUCUGACUCUG